AUGCGAAGUCGUCAGUCUCGCGCUCAACGCAAGUCUCACAUCCGACGCAGGAGCACCUCUCCAGCGCCCGGUGAGCAUAUCGAGGCCAAGCGCCAGCAUCUCAAGCGACGACGACACAAGGCGCGCAAACAGAAGCCACAAGCCACCGAGAAGCGACCGUCUACCACCAUUGAUCAUGCAACCGUCAAAGCAAGGAGAGUGCUAUGGGCAGCGAUGGCGGCGGAGACGCGGGACAUUGUACUAGGGGAUGGCCAGUACGUCGAGGAGCGCCUCAUGUCUGCUGUUGACAGUGCUCUAGCUCAGCCCCCUCAUCAAGGACCCGAACCCGCCGCAUGCACGCCCGUCGCGCACGACAUCUCCAUGCAAGUCAUGCUUAGUCAACAGGGUACUACAUCCUACCCACAUUACUCAACCGCUCUCGCCAUGUGGUCUCAGAAACCCGCGUUCACCGCCACGCGGUCGGCCACUACGUUCGAGUUCACGCAACAUUCCACGCUCACAGCUGCUCGCCGCAUCGCGCUCACGACGCCCGACCUCCACUCAUCCAAUCACUCGCAGACAUCGCUCGGAAUACUCUCGUACGCAUCUCGUCGGAGACCCGGUGGUGGAUAUCUGCGUGGCGGUGACGAGCAGCACGAAAGAAUCGCACGACAUAGCUCGCUGGUGGCCAGUCUCACGGCACCUGCAGCGCAGGAAUUCUACAAGGAGCAUCGAACCUUCUGGCAGGAGGACGGUAGUGGCCUGCAGGACCAUGCUAUGGUGUAUUCUCCAGGUGUAGUCGUAUUCCGGCGUGAUCGCGACGAUUCGCUCGCUCUCGUUGGUGCCAAUGCCACCACGGUGGAGCUGCCACCUCCAGCAGAUUCCAUUGGCGGCGAGUUCAUUGCCCCGUACCUCGUCAAUGUGGUGUCGUCGGUGCCGGUCAACGCAGCAGCCGUCCGUUCCAAGCAUGUGAUCAAGCCAUGGGAGAAGGAGUUCUUCGAGAACGGGAUCCGUCAUGCGAUGAAGGAGCGCAUGGCGAGGAUACUGCGACUGCUCGAGAAAGAAGGCAAUCGGGUCAUUGUACUUGGUGCGUUCGGUUGCGAAUCCAGCCAGAACAAGGUAGAGACCAUUGCAGAGGUGUGGGCAGAGUUGCUAGUCUCGGGGCACCUGAAUAAAGAAGGGCACAGGAUCGAGGCGAGGUUCAAAGACGUCUUUGAGAAGGUGGUGUUCGCGGUUCCGGGGAAGCUCUUUGAGCCCUUCCGGCACGCGUUCGAGCUGCGCGUUCUCGAGACCCGAAUCUCAGAAGUCACGGUGUCGGUGGUGAUUCGGGGCGGAAUGAUACUAGUACCGCCGCGAUGGAUACCCCGGUGUGACCUCUUUAAGCAGUGGUGGCACAUAAGAGAAUACGCGAAGAUGAUCGCGAAAGAUGCUAUAACAUCAUAUGCGACUGUGAGGGGCAGUCCACCCGGCGUUGGACUGAGUGCCGAAACGUGCCGACGAGGCGCUAUGGAAGAUACGGACGCACAGCAGGAUCACUCCAGUCUGCGCACACCGUGCAAUCCUCUCGACGCUUCCAAGGCAUCAUCUGACGCGCUCCCUGGUCAAUCAGCGAACGAAGACAGCAUCAACGUUCCCAAUCAUCAGCAUCCAACGACGCCUCCACGACCUACUGCCCCUGCAUGCUCGUCGAAUAAACCUGACACGCCUGCAGUUUGUUCAGACAGCUUUCGAACAGGAUCACUUAGUGAAAGAGAGGACGCAGUUCUCGCGGAUAUUCGCUGCUUGCGCUGCAUGAGCGUGGAUGAGUUCAUCGCAAUAUUCCUACCCACCCUUCCGGAUGAUAUCGACAUUGAACAUGAAAAGAAGGAAGCCGAUCUGAGUCUUAACGAAGAUAAAUUGUUCGAAAGGAUUGUCCUGUUAGUUCAACAGUUAGCGACGGAAGCAUCGAAAAUGUCGUCGCGAGAGCAGACGUUCGAGUAUGCCUUGGAGCCAACAAAAAUACCGACGACUGUGGAGAGAAAAAGCUCGUUCAGGCCAGAUGGCGUAUUUUGCAAGAAAGGCGGCUCAUCGAGCUCAUACUAUGACAUCGCACUGCCAAUGGAGUUCAAGAUCUUCGACGCGGAUAAAUCAAAUUACGAUGAAGAUUAUCUACGCCAUGCAACACAUCAUGUCGGUGGACCCAUGUCGGACCCCUCACCCACCGAUUCAGGAGCGCGAAACGUUUACGAGAGUCUGUCUCUUCUUUGCUUUUGCGACUCAGAUGAAGAUGGGAUGGGAUCCGACCAUCGAACCAAUCCUUGGCCCUGGCAAGCGUCGUUAUCGGAUUACGUGGGUGACGAAUGCUAUGAGACCAUAGAGGAACUUCAAGGCGCCGCUGACGUCCUACUUGGUCGUGGCGUAAGGGUCUUUUUUGUCAAAGAUGCCCAGGGAAACUCUGCCGUUCUGAAGGAUAUCUGGCUUGAGGACGGCCGUAUGACCGAAUUUCAAAUCUAUACCGCGAUCGUAGAGGACAUCGCUCGCAGGUUCCCCGAUGGCGGAAAGGAGAAGGCUGACCGGUUCUUGAUGCAACCCUCCAAGGACUCCAAAUCAUUUCCGGUAACGUGCGACGAAAAACCUACACAGCAGCCGAUGAAGGGUCUCCCCGUACUUGGCCUCAAUGUCGAAGAAGCAUCUAUCUGCCAUAGAAGGUACUAUCGCGUCGUAUUCAAGCAGCAUGCCAUUCCUCUCUUCGACGUGGACGACCUCGGGCUUGGUUUCCAGACCUUGGACGAUGUCAUGGAAGUGUUGCAGCUCGUACAUGGUAGCGGCUGGGUCCAUCGGGACAUCAGUCCCUCGAAUAGUAGGCCUUACCUUUUUCAAGGAACACUUCAGUUUAUGGCUGCCGAGACCAUGGAUCGCGAGUACCUUUUCCUUCCGGUUCAGCUAGAGGAACGCAGUACUAUGGAGCAAUGUACUGCCUUCAUUCUUCUCAAUCAACGAUUGAACAAAACGGCCGCAGAGUCUACGCCAAAUGUAGGGACCUUUCACCACAACUAUCUACACGACAUAGAAUCUAUGUGGUGGUGUGGCGUGUGGCUGCUUUUCUUCAAUUGCCCAAAAGGAUACGACGAAGCACAGAACGAUGUCGAAAAGCGACAAGCAGCGACCAUGGUGUGGAUCACCACGAAAAUUGUGCAAUCGUACACGACAUACGAGGCCCUUCUAGCCAGCGUCGCAGGGAGUAACGCGACCUGGAACCUCGACCCUGAUGCCAGUCAAGUGCACUCCGACGUGCAAGACACGUUUGUGCUUGCGAAAAAAUACCUUUGGGGGAAGAGGAUCCAGUGCGCAAAAACAUCGAAUCGUCCGAGCGAAUCGAGGGCUCGUCAUGGCCUUGACCAGAACAAAGGUCGUUAUGAGAUGUGCAAGCUUGCGCUGCUGGCAGUGCGCACGGUCGCGCAGAGCGAUGCUGGCCAGUUUGGGAAUAGAUAA